CUUCAGGAAUUCUUGUCCAUGCGCACGCGUCCCUCAUGCCCCAUGUGUCAUGGACAUUGGCAGUGAAACGGUGCGGAGAUAGAAUACGCUCGUCGACCGAAAGCCGUCGGAAUGGCGGCAAAGGAGUAUCACGAGAUCGUUCCUGGCGCCGGCCUGAUCCUUUCGUGGCAGCUCAAGGGGAAGAAGGUCCUUCUCGUCGGAGGCGGCCCUGUAGCUGCCGGUCGUCUGGUCAACGUCAAAGAUGCAGACGCACACCUGACCGUCAUCUGCCCCUCGUCCGGGUUGUGCGGCGAAAUGAAGCACCGCAUCUACACGGAGAACGUAGUAGAUGUCUACCACGAUCGCCUCUUUGGUGGCGCAUCGGAACUGGACGCACCGGAAGAUGGGCGACGGUUCGACAUGGUGCUGACGGCGAUCGACGACGCCGAGCUCUCGCGUUCGAUCUGCCACAUGGCGCGUGCGCGCAAGAUCCCAGUGAACGUCGCUGACGUGCCACCUGAGUGCGACUUUUACUUUGGUUCGCUCAUCCGCCGCGGACCGCUGCAGGUCAUGGUCUCGACCGGUGGCAAGGGUCCCAAGAUCGCCAGCCAGACGAGGCGCGUCAUCGAGCGCGCUUUACCCGAGAAUAUCGACAACGCGAUCGAGAGGGUGGGCAAGCUGCGCGCCAAGCUGCGUGAGGUGGCGCCAGAGCAAAAACAAGGCCCCAAGCGGAUGCGCUGGAUGAUCGACGUCUGCGAGAAGUGGUCCCUAGACCAGCUGUCGGACAUGACGGACGAUGACAUGGAGGAGAUCCUCAAAGGCUGGAAGAAGGGAACCGUUCCGACGUACCGACAGGUCAGAGGGAUAAAGUGGAAGAUUAUCCCGUUCAUCGCACUGCCAACAGCCAAGCAGAUCAACAAAUCCCUCUUCGGCACCUGCCCUGUCGUCGGCGCCAUCUCGCCUUGGCUCAGUGGUGUCCUGGGCGCAACAGCAGGCGCAGCUGUCGCAUCCGCCUUCUUCGUUCUCCGCUCUCAAACUCGUCAUUCAUUAAUGUCGGUUCCCUAGUAUGCUUUAGCAAACACUCUACACACGCAAUGUACAUUAGUCCAUACCAGCACUUAUUCAAAGCAUAGAUGUGUAC